GACCCGGCUGUCAAAGAUGGCCCCCUCCUUCUGGGUGUGAGAGGACCGACAGCUGACAAAGGAAACAAAUCCGUCCGGGAAGGACGGCAGCGAUUCAUAUCACAGUAAAUGUUCGUUCAGAUGCUGCUGCGCUUGUAUGACAUCCAUAGCAAGUGAAGGUUACCUGCCAAAUGAUGAAGCCUACGAGAGAGAGGAAGUGACAGAAGAAGGCCUUCGUUGCUGCGGACCAUCUGUUCAGAUCGACCCUCCUCCCUCUCUGUGAGCGCCCACCCUUGCAGCCAUGCAGAUCAAUCCAGUGCACGUGGAGUCCACUGUAGUCUUGGCAGUGGUACUGUGUGUCCACAUGGCGGUCUGGAACCAGCACUCCUGGUGCAGCAUAGCCCUGGUAAUCCAGGCAUUCUACGUGCAGCAUAAAUGGGACCGUCUGCUCAGGUCAGGGGGUGCUGUGUUCCAGUUUCGCCCUUCAGCAAGCAGUGGCAUCGUUCCAGCCUCUAUGGUGAUGCCUUUGUUGGGCCUGGCACUGAAAGAAAAGUGCUCUGCCUCAGGGAAUGUCUACUUUGAGCGCUUCUCCAUGGUGAUCACCAUCACAGGCAUGAUGCUAGCUCUGUUCCUCUCCCUGAUUGCACUGGGCAUCACAAGACCUGUACCUACCAACACUUGCGUGAUUGCAGGAAUGGCUGGCAGUGCAAUUCUCUACACCACAAAACAGACCCUGACAGUAUCUGAGGUCAUAGAGGUCUUGGAGGUACUGUUGAUCUUUGUUUAUCUUAGCCUGAUUGUGCUUUAUCUGCUGCCACGCUGCUUCACGCCCGGAGAGGCACUUCUCAUCGUCGGUGGGAUCAGCUUCAUCGUGAACCAGCUCAUCAAGCGCUCCCUGAACCUGGCGGAGGUCAAAGGUGAUCCGGUGAACUAUUUCCUCCCGGUUUUAGUGGUGGGCUCAUUGUUGCUGGGUAUUUUCUUCGCCCUGCUCUUCUGUUUCAUGGAAUCUGAGACCUGGGGCUCAUCGCUUUUCUUUCAUAUGAUGACAGCUGUUCUGGGUCUGGGGAUCCUGAUGCCCUGGCUUUCCUUGUUCAUUGGUCGCCACCCAAUCAUGUGGCUGUUGGACUUUAUCACGCUGAAUGAUAGAAGACUCUGUCUGCUGGCGUACUGGGUGUUUCUGUCUGUUGUGGCCAGUUGCGUUGUGCUACAUCAGAACUAUCAGCGCCAGUCAGGCUCCAAGAAGCACCAGGCCUCGACUAUUGUCAGGAAGUACUUCCAUCUGAUUGUAGUGGCCACGUACAUUCCAGGGUUGAUCUAUGACAGGCAGCUGCUCCACGUGGCGUCUGUUGGUUGCCUGGCAGUUUUCUUGUUUCUGGAAUACGUGCGGUACUUCAGAAUCAGGCCUCUCGGUCAGCUGCUCAGGCAGUUGCUCACUUUGUUCCUGGAUGAACGGGACUCUGGGCCACUCAUCCUCACCCACAUUUACCUGCUGUUGGGCAUGUCUUUGCCCAUUUGGCUGUUUCCUGGACCAUGCGCCCCUAAGGGGAUACUUCCUGGGGCAGGUGGCCUGGUGCCCUAUGCAGGUGUGCUCGCCGUGGGAGUCGGAGACACUGUGGCGUCUGUGUUUGGCAGCACCAUGGGGGAGAUUCAUUGGCCUGGCACCAAGAAAACCAUGGAGGGAACUGCGACAUCUGUGUUCGCCCAGAUCAUCGCCGUGGCCAUGUUUCUCAUCUUUGACAGCAGCAUCAAUUUAAACUCCACCUACUCCUGGAUCGUUGGCUCCAUCACUCUGGUGGCAAUGCUGGAAGCCUACACCUCCCAAAUAGACAACCUUCUGCUCCCACUCUACCUCUUCAUCCUUCUGUUGCUUUAAAUAGACAGGUGAUGCAAAAUAAGCAGAUCCCUUGCCUGUUCUCAGCCAUUUGUGGUGAUGAAUUUAGGGGAAAAAAAUGUGAUAGAAGUAACAGAUUUCACAUUUGGUAAUCUGUGGACGUGAUCACAAACGGUAUUUAUUUUUGAUCAACACAAGACUGGUUAAAAUCAGUCAGUUUAAUCGACCAGGGUGUCGACAAACCUGUCAAGCACUCAAACAUCUGCUCUUUACUUUACAUGGCAGCAGAUAGUGUUAGCAUGACAGCGUGUUGUCUUCAGAUCAUUUCAGUAUCAUUUGCAAUGACAAAAGGAACAUUUUAGAUCAAGUUUGAGCCUCGCGACAGAGAUCGUGUAUGCUUUCUCGAUCGCUGACACCAACAACUCCUAAAUUAUGCAACGGAAGACUCAGUUUAGCAGAGUGGGAAAAAAUGUCUUUUAAAAAGGAAGUCUGGACUUGCUGAUGCCACAUUUUUAUAAUUGGCAAGGAUUUGUUUUUUCCUUAGUCUGUCCUUUCCUUUUUGCAAAUGGAUACUUGCCUUUGUAUUGCCUUUUGAAGAACAUAAUUUAAAGUUAACUUAUUAAUAUCUCUUAAUCAGCCUUUUUUUUUAAUGUCUAGGCUAUUAUUCUGCCUCCCUGAUGGCAAUACGAAGAACUUUCUUCUGAAAAUAUCUGCCUUAAGAAGUAUAUUUUCUAUCACACAUGACCUACUAUAGUAGAAGCCGUAGAUGAAAGCAUGGCAGCCCAUUUCAACUCUUAUUUAAAGGGCUGAUUUAUACUUAAGUAUGGUAGAAACACACUAUGCUCCUGCAUGAGACUCAUGUGAAAAUCCAGUACUGUAACAUGUAUGCAGGUAUCCUACAGUAUAUUUUUGUUGGAUGAAUCUACUUUGCUUAGUAUCUCUGUGGUUUGAUGGGACCCCUUCAAUAUCUACAUUUCCUUGUGAUACCGAGCCUUUAAACCGCGCUUUUACAGCAAGAGUUACUUCUAAAUUAUUAUUUUAUAUGCUUAAUAGAAAUUUGCUCUGUUCUUGGGUUUGAUCUCGUCAUUCAAAGAUGAGGAUUGCAGCGUAAGUGAAAUUGGUUUCCGCUCAUCUGUAAAAAGUUCUAUAGUGGUUUUUGUUGUUUUUAUGUUGUGAUGAUGUUUAUUGGCAUGAUCCUUCUCGUAUGUUGUUUUUUGCCAUCCUUCUUACAUUUUGCAAAACUGUAAUGUUGCAUGUUUGAGCAUCUGAAAGCUGAUAUGCAUCUUGUUUUGUUUGACACUCAUUUGAAGAUUGAGAAGUAGGACCUGCGUGACUGUACUUUGAUUUUUUUAUUUUUUUUUAACUCUAACAUAAGAAGUUUGGCUCAUGUGCUUUAUAAUUACACAUACAUAAAGCUUUUUUUCACUGAAGUUAGGUCUUAAUAUGAACAUACUUGAAAGCAGAAAUGCUUACUGUUGUCUGUAAAUGGAGGAAUUCACCAUCUUGCUUGGACACAAAUAAUAAAAAAAAAACCUUGCACAACAAUAAAGCUGGUGACAAUGCUAAUGAGGAAAUGCUUAAUAAAGAGUGGGUGGAAAUAUCA